GAAAUGCAUCGACACAGUGAACGUAUUUGGGUGUAUUCAUUUGGGUGAGAGCAUCGCCAGAGACCACUUAACCGGGCGAGCUCUUCUUGUAAGACGUUCAACAUACGAAGAAAACUGCAGAAAUAACUCGCGUUCCACUGUGCGCGCAUCAAACCAAACACCAUGCGCAGGGGGUAUUAUUUUGGAUGGCUCCUUGUGCUCUUGGCACUGUUUACUUGCAGUGAUGCAUCUAGUCAAACUGUCAACCAGGAGCUUUCAAAUAUUUUCAAUGAGCUCUGGAAGCUGGAUGUGAAUCGCCUGAGCCCUGGGACUCAUUACAAUAUCUCACUACAGGGCAAAGCUGGUUACAUACCACAGGGAAGCACCAGUGCGGUAGACCAUGCCUCAUUCCCACUGUUUACCAGUGUUGAUGAGGCCAAACUGAACUCCAUUACCACUUAUGCACGCUUCAUGAAGCUUUUGGACAACUAUGAGAGGUCCACUGGUGUGGCAGAGAGGGUGACCGCUGAGGAGGUGACCGAAAACAACUCCUUUCUGGAUGCUAUUUUAGAGACAGCAGUCAUGAAGCGUGCACACCGGUACCUGAUUGGAAAGGGAAAAUCACGCUCGGAUCAGAGAAGGUUUAAGAAUCAGUUGAACAGCAUGUGGUUCCGCCUUUAUCAUAGAGACAGAAACGGAGGGGAGGACUCCAGUGGAUUUGAGCAUGUGUUUGUUGGGGAAACCAAGUUUGGCAGAGAAAUCAUGGGUCUUCACAACUGGGUCCAGUUUUACCUGCAAGAGAAGCAGGAGAUUCUUGAUUAUAAGGGCUACAAAGCCAGGGACAAUGAUGUGCCUAAUAAAGAUGACCAUGUCUUGAAUGUGCAAUUCAGCUGGCAUGGUUUGGUCAAGCCAGUGGCCAGCGCCUUUGUUGGUGUGAGUCCUGAGUUUGAGAUGGCCAUCUUUACCAUCUUGUUCCUCACAUCCACUGAGAAGACCACCACAGCCGUGGUCAAUCUGGAUGAGUACCAGCUGGAGAUGGUGGUGUAUAGACACGGCCGCUCGAUCGGGACCGCUUAUCCCAAACUGCUGAGCAGCAACAACAGACAUGUAUAGAUCCCACAUCCUGUUCUACCCUGACAGUAGCUUUCCAGACAUUUCUUUAAAUGGGUUUUAAAGGCAUAUUGUAAUUUUAGAUAAGUAGACAUUUGUUUUGUAUUGGAGAAGUCUUAAUUUUAGAUGCUUGUUUACUUUGAUAAUAUCCUUAACAAACUACAGUAUGCUUAUGUACAGAGUUUCGUUUUCACUGAAAUUCAGCAAAUAUUUCAUUUCCUCAGAACUGCUUUCAUACAAUGGUAAUUUCUUGUUUUUUAUAUCUAUUUGCUUAUUUUGACCAUGACUGCUGUUAAAUAGCUACAUAGUUGGUAAUGGAAAAUCGAGAUUUAACAUUAAAAAUAAUUUUUAAUCCA